CACCUCAGAGUUGUGGGCGAUACCUGCUGCUGCAGAGUGCAACAAGACUGGGGAGUAAUAUCAGAGCUUGAUCCAGAUUCAGCUCAGACCAGGAAAACAAAGACGUUCAUGGAUCUAUUUGUUUAGCUGGAUCAUGCAGUACUGCAGCACCCGCGGCGGCGUGGGGGGCUGGAGCUUCAGGGACGUGUUGUUCUCCGGCUACGCUCCGGAUGGAGGCAUGUUCAUGCCGGAAACGCUGCCUGUGCUGGACCCCGACAGGCUGAGGAGCUGGAGGGGGCUGUCCUACCCCAAAGUGGUGGUGGAGGUGGCGUCUCUCUUCAUCCCCCCUCAGCUCAUCCCCAGAGACGACCUGGGGGUCCUCGUGGGGGAGGCCCUCUCUGGUUUCUCUGUGCCUGAGGUGGUCCGAGUAGCUCGACUAAAAGACGGCCUGACCGUGCUGGAGCUUUUCCAUGGAGAAACUCUAGCUUUUAAGGAUCUGGCCAUGAGCUGUACCGUCCACUUUCUCUCCUACUUCCUGAAGAAAGAGAGCCGCAGAGCCAUAGUUGUUGUAGGUACCUCUGGUGAUACUGGAGGCUCGGCCAUCCAGAGUGCCAAAGGCGUGCCUGGUUUGGAUGUGGUGGUGGUCUACCCUCGGGGACGCGUCACCCCGGUGCAGGAGAAGCACAUGACCACAUGUCUGGAGGAUAACGUGCACGUGUUUGCAGCCGACGGCAGCUCUGACGACAUCGACCAGCCUUUGAGGCGCCUGUUUGCUGACCAGCAGCUGGUUCUGUCUCAUGGGUUGAUGAGCCUCAACUCGGUCAACUGGUCCAGAAUCCUGGUCCAGCUCGCUCACUUCAUCUACGCCUACCUGGAGCUCAGCGGGGUGGAGCAGGCCGGGGUGGGGGCAUCUCUGCCCGAGCUGGAGGUUGUUGUUCCCACGGGGGGAGCAGGAAACAUUGCAGCUGGGUUCAUAGUGAAGCAGAUGGGCGUGCCUCUGAGGCUGGUUGCCAUGGUGAACUCCAACGACAUUGUGCACAGGACGGUAACCCGCGGCGACUUCUCCAUGGCUGAUGAGGUCACACAGACUCUGGCCACGGCCAUAGACAUCCAGGACCCGUACAACAUGGAGCGGGUGUUCUGGCUGCUGCUGGGCAGAGACGGCGCCUCAGUCAAAGCCAUGAUGGAGGAGUUUCAGCGUUCACACCGCCACUCGCUGUCAGAGGAGCAGCGCAGACUGCUGUCGAGCGUCCUGACCACGGGGGCGGUGAGCGAUGAGGGCAUCCUGGAGACCAUGAGGAGGUGCUGGGAGGAGAACCAGUACCUGCUGUGUCCUCACUCCGCUGUGGCGGUCUGGCAUCACUACCACUGUCCUCACAGCGGGGGGGUCAACAGGUGUUACGUUGCAACGGCAUCUCCAGCCAAGUUCCAGGCGGCGGUGCAGAGGGCCGGCCUGCCCUUCAGCCCCCCGGCGGCGCUGCAGGCUCUGGACGGGCUGCCCAGCCGCUGCCAGGAGCUGCGGCGCAGCGCCGACUGGAGCAGAGACUGGGAGGACAGACUGCGACGCCACAUCCAGGAUCUAGACGCUGCCAGGAAGAGCAGGUCCGCUCCGCCCCCCUAAACCUGCAGACGGCCACGUGCACGCCGUCAGCUAUGGCAAACAGACCGAUUUAAGGAGCAGAGAAAAUGAAAGAAAUGACUUAUCUUUGAUUGGACUAAGUGUUGAUUUACUGGAUGUUUGAUCAGAUAGUGAUGGUCUGUCGGUGAUGAAGGUUGUCGUUCAUCCUCACUCUGGCUCUGCGGGAAGCUCAGCUGCUUUUAGCUUCAGCAGAGAAACAGGAUGGAAAGGAGAAAAAAACAGAUGAACUGCAGAAAUGAUUAAACACAAAGACAAAUGUGAAGGGUUGAAAAUCAGCUUUGACAAGUUGAUGGGCUGAAAUAAAUUGAUUUAUGGCCAAAUGA